GAAAAUAUGUUUUGCGAUAAACUUGGAUCGUGGUCCUAUUUCUAUUUUCUAUUGCACCGAGACGUUAUGCUCGUCCUCAAGACAGACCGAUUUACGUAACCAGUCCCGACAUAAAUAUACAUAUAUCCGCCAAAGACUGAUAUAUAACUCCCCUAAUCGGUGCUUUUUCACAACUAAUUUUUGGCGACUCGCACAGUAGUCAUAUAUCGGCCAUAAAGAUAUGGACACCUAACACAAAAGGGAAGAUAAAAUUGGUCAAAGAGCAAUUUAAGAGUCAACAAAUCCAUAUGCAUAAACUAGAUUCUAUUAAUAGAAAGAUUGUUCUGGAUUAUAUCGUUGCCUUUGGUAAUAUUCUAUGUCAAAUUUCGUGAAUACAUCUUGUCAAAAAAAAAAUUCUAUACAAGAACUUGAUUUUGAUCGAUCAGUUUGUUUAGCAGCUAUAUGCUAUUGUGGUCUGAUAUCCGCCGUUCUGACAUGGCAUCGACUCAGCUCGUCACGCAGGUCACUUAUAUAUAUAUAUAUUUUUAAGGUCUCCCAAGUUUUCUUCUGGGUGUUACAAACUAUAAUAAUUGAAUCAUUCCCACCAGAGAUAAAAUUCCCACUGACCGAAGAGUAUUAAGUAAUUCUCAGACCAAAUAGCAGCUCGAAUGUUUACGAAUAGAAAUAAUCAAAAUAAAACAAGUUAGUUUGCAAUUUUCCUGCCUCCCACGAUAACAGCUGAUUUCACCUAUUUCUUUCUACUCAAAUUUCUUCCGAGUGUCACAGCUGAUUUUAGUUUAGUGGCUUUAAAAUUUUAGUUCAAUUUGUUAAAUUUCUUUAAUUUAUUUUUCUUAUAUAAUUUAAAUUUGUGUUUUGUCUAAAAUCAUGUUUUAUUUCCCAUAAUAAUAACCGAACGGCAUGUCGGAAUAUGGCCAGGAAAAUCGGAUCUUUGUAUCCGAUGAUGCUGAGGAUUUGGACCGAAUUGAAGUGAUUACUACAUCGACGACGUCAUCGCACAGCGAACUACUUACGCAACUAGAAGGCAGUCAAAAUUUGCUUACCACCAGUUGUAAUGAACAGCAGUUCAGGAUUGUUAUAGGUGCUGCGACUGCAGAUGAUGCGAAAAGCAAACAAAGCGAUUGUGGCGGCAGUCGCGAUGGUGCUGAUGAGCAAUGUGGCGAUGAGUCUAUAGAGUUAAUUAGUAAUUUUGGCACGCUCCAAUAUAGACGAGCAACUUCACCAUUGGCGGCGUUAGCUAGUAGUUUCAAUCGUGGAGCGACUCCUACGAAUAUGAUGCGUCGCUGGUCACAAACUUUGGCACGUUUCGAUCGAGAUAAGCACGGCAUACGUGAGAAAACAAUUUAUCGCAUGCCAUCGCGUAGGUAUUUGCAGGCGGAUGGAAAACUGCUCUCGAAUAGUCGAGUUGAUGCUGAAAAUGAUAUUGAAUUGUUGGCAAAGGAAAUCGAGCAACAUGACGGACUCAUGCAAGAUACAGCGCUCAGCCAUGAACAUAGACUUGAAACGCUUCGUGCCCUGCCGCAACCACUUGCCACUAAGCGUCUACUCAAACGAAAGUUAGCCAUCAGCAUUGAACAGCAGGCAACGGAGGAGUCGCAUUGCAGUUGGUGUCAUAAAUUAACAAAUGCUUUCAUAAGUUUUCUCUUAAGAAGUUGGAAACUCGUUGGUGUUAUAAGCCAUAGUUUGGAAAUAUGGUAUGAUGAGGUUAAAACCAUCGAAGGACAUUUCGGCUGCAAUGUCAGUUCAUACUUUAAAUUUCUACGCUGGCUCUUGAUGUUAAAUGUAUUCGUGUUGUUUUGCAUUAUCUGCUUUGUCAUAUUUCCACAAUUACUCUACAAUACCAUAGCAAACGAAAUGUAUCUCAACGAAACAGUAUUAGCUGAUAAGUACGCGGGAAAUUCUAGUGAGACUGCUAGUGGACUAAUCAUGCAUCUUUUUACUGGAGAGGGUUAUAUGCAAAAUUCAUUAAUCUUCUAUAGCGGCUAUAGCAAUGCAACAUUUCGUCUACAUCCAGCGCUUAAUCAAUAUAGCCUGCCACAUGCUUAUUUCAUGACAAUGCUGGUGCUGUAUUUGCUGAAUUUUAUAGUGAUUUCCACGAAAAUGGCGCGCGUGUAUCGCAUAAGCUUCAUUCAAGCCGCAGGCGGUGGCAGGGCCAUACUCGUGGCCAAAACAUUCUGCGCUUGGGAUUUCGGCAUAUCUAAUCGGAAGGCGGCUGAACUGAAACAAAUUGCGAUUUUUGCCGAAUUCAAAGCGGUACUUAAUGAGCGGGCUGUGCCCAAAAGAAAGCCAACCGUUUGGUGGCGUAUUUGGAUUUUUUGUUCGCGCGCCAUUGCCCAUGUGCUAGUGGCUACCAUAAUAGGCGGUGCUGGUGUGGGCGUGUGGAUUUUGUUGAAAGAACUUGACUCAACUGAUGACGUGUCUGGCUGGCGAACUCUUUCAACUGCUGGUAUUCUAAAUCUCACAAUGCUGCUUAUGCAAUCUGUCUUAUCAUGGAUUUCGCGAAUGGAAGAUUAUCGUUCGCCGCGCCGCACGCUACAUAUAGCAUUAUUGCGAAAUUUUUUGUUGGAGGCUGUUAUUAUAAGCGUAUUGGUUUACUUUCUGCUUACAAAGUCAUACAGUCAGUGUUGGGAGACUCAUAUAGGACAGGAAUUGUACCGUUUCAUAAUAACCGAUUCCUUCAUCUGUUUAAUUGUCAUACCUUUCUGCUGUGCCACUCGCACACUUUUGUCAAGCUUGUACUGGCCUUGGCUCGGUCGUCCCGACUUUGAUAUUUCACAAAAAAGUUUGGGUCUCGUUUACAAUCAAACUUUACUAUGGCUAGGUUUACUCUUCUCACCACUGCUUGUCGCAAUUAUCGUCUGUAAAUUGUUCCUAAAGUUUUAUAUAAACAAAGCGCUUUUGCUGCAUCUGUGUAAACCUUCGUGUCACAUUUGGCGUUCGGCCCAAACGCAAACGCUUUAUCUAGUCUUCACUUUUGUAUCAAUACUGGGGGUCAUCCUGACACUGGGUUACAUAAUGACACAACUGCCAAUGAGCGCCCAAUGUGGUCCGUUUCGUGAUUCUGGUUAUAUGUUUCAAAUAUUUAUCGACGGUGUGCUGAAGUUACGUGAAAAUCAGACACUUUGGCGCAUACUUACACUACUUGUCCGUCCAGCUGCCGUGGGCAUAAUGUUGGUCACACUAAGCGCCCUCGUUUACUAUUUGCGUGCCAAAUCACGUGCGCGUCGUCUUAUGGUUAAGUUGCUUAAAGAAAUGAUCUAUCUGGAGGCGAAAGACAAGGAGUUCUUAUUAAAUCGUAUUAUAAGUGUGUCAAAAAAUCGUGAUUGGUCGCUUGCGGAUGCAAAAUCACUGAGAAGAAGACGUCAGCGUACUCCACAAACGCCACAAACUGAAAUGUUUGUACAAAACGAAAUCAAUUCGAAUAUUUCUGCGCGUAGUGAUGGUUUUAUAUUGCGCAGUCGUGAUGUUUAGCGUGCUAGUUUUUGUUGCGGCAACUUUCCUAAAGAUUUGGCGCCCUUAAACCGACCUGCACCAGUCGGGUCUACGGAUGUGGAACGAACUCGUAUUUUUACGAUCUACUCUUUAGCAAUCGUCAAAAUUAUUUCACAAAGGUUUUCUGCAGCUUCAACAACAACAACAAAAACCCUACAAAAAACUGGCCUGUUUUCAGAACAAACGUUCGUUCUUGACUAUAGUAGUUACUUAAGUUCAUAUAUUAUGCUAUCGUUUACAUAUUUUGUAGUUAUUUACUGAUUUGUAUCGAACAAAUAUUGAAUUGUCUGAUUUUAUUUAUAUAUUUUAUUAUAAGUAUAAUUUUUAUCAUAUUUUUAUUUAUAAUUAUAUACUUAUAGAUUUAUUUAGAUACAAAAGAUACAAAAACUUGUAUAGUUUUGAAAGUAAUAUGCUGCAUUGACCGACCAUAUAAUUUUGAAUUAUUUCGAAUCCAAAGCGGUUCGAAACUGACUGUCGUCGGAAUAACAAAAGUAUUAGCUAAAAAUAUAUUGACAUCUUAAAUAUGCAUAUAUAUA